AUGGUGUCAAUCUUGGAUGUGACGAAGGUGCAGAAUAAGACAACAAAUGAGCAUUAUCGGAAGACAUAUGUAUGCAACAAAGAAGGUUUCAAAUGCUUGAAAGUUAAUAAUUCAAGUGGAAAAGUGAUAAAACGUCGUAGAGAAGUAAGAACGGGAUGCAAAGCAAUGAUUCAAAUUUCAAAACAGAAGGAUGAAAAAUGGAUUGUGGACAAGUUUAAUGACAAACACAAUCAUGCCUUGAGCUUGACACCAACAAAGGUAAUGAAGAAUAGAUCGCAUGGGAAGUUCCACCGUACUAUGAAAUGCCGAUCUCUUAUGGUGCAAUUUGGUCAAGCAGAUGAAGCCGAUGUUACUUCAAAGCAAUGUGCUGAUGUCUUAUCCGAGCAACGAAAACAGUAUAUGGGAAAGGAGUUUUAUGGACUUAUAAAGCAUUUCCAAGAUAAAGAAUUAGUGGAUAAUGACCAGUAUUUUGUUGUGGACUUGUGUGAUGAUGUGUAA